CGCGUCAAUAUUAUCAAUAUAUCUUCAAUGUUUUCCCUUUUGCUUUUAUGGCUUAGAUUUUCUUUUGCUAAAUAAAAGCAAAUUACUAUUUAAGCAAGUUCAAAAGUACAAUACAUAGAAAGACAAUUGUUAAUAUGAGAGCUAUAUCAUCUCGCAGUGAGCAUUAAAUUGUGGACUUAUUAGUAAUCGUGUAACAUUUUCUACAAUUCUGAUGUGGCCCAAUCAUGUUGAGCCCGUGACUUAUCUAUCAGCUAAUUUCGUUUUGUAGUUUUUUCUAGUUAGCCCUUUUCGUUCUAUAAAUAAAACUCUGUGCAACAAUGGCGUAUCAAACUUUUCUUCAAGAGUAUAUGCUUAUACCGCCGGUCACUAGAGCCUAUACAACCGCUUGCGUUGUCACAAGUCUAGCAGUCCAACUGGACCUAGUGUCUCCAUUUCAACUAUAUUUCAACCCUAUACUGAUCCUCAGGAAGUACCAGCUAUGGAGGCUGGUGACCACAUUCCUCUUCUUUGGGAAUUUAAAUUUUAAUUUCUUCUUCAAUAUGAUAUUUACAUAUAGAUACUGUCGGAUGCUGGAAGAAGGAUCAUUUAGAGGACGAACAGCUGACUUUGUUGUUAUGUUCAUGUUCGGAGGAGUACUGAUGAUUUUGUGUGCCUUUUUCGUCAACUUAUUAUUUUUAGGACAAGCAUUCACCAUCAUGAUUGUGUAUGUGUGGUCUCGUCGCAAUGUAUUUGUUAGGAUGAACUUCUUCGGCCUGAUGAAUUUCCAGGCCCCCUACCUACCGUGGGUCCUACUCGGCUUCUCCGUGCUGCUAGGAAACGCGAUAUCUGUAGAUUUGGUCGGCAUGGCCAUUGGCCACAUCUACUUCUUCUUAGAAGAUGUACUGCCAAGGAAGAGGGGUGGACGGAAAAUACUUAAGACACCAAGAUUCUUGAAGAAACUCUUCGACCCAGCCUCUGAAGAUCCGGAUUAUGAGCCUCUACCGGAGCUCGACAACAUCCGGCCAGGCGGCUUCAACUGGCGGCGGAACCCGGACGACGAAGCCAACGCUAACCCUAACCCCAACCCCAAUGUGAACCCUAAUGCCAAUCAAAACCCCAACGCGGAAGGCGAUGCCAGAUAAGAUCUCAAACUGUACAGUGUCAUAGACAGAUAUUAGGCGAUGCAUACAGAUUUAGUGACAAAGACCAACUGCCGUGGGACAGGGAACCUGAAAAUUGGCACUUCGAAACUUAAAAUUCAUUUUUUUUCUUCUUACAGUUAUGCUUUAUGUCAAUUAUUCUCAGAGUUGACUGUGUCCCAAUCCAUCUAACAAGAGCUGCAGAAUUAUGUCGACAUGCCCAUCUUAACAGGCCCACUUGCACCAACCACUUAACUCAGGGUUAGUGAGCUGUCAACUGUCACAUUGCAUAUAAAAUGGUGGGUUAAUCCUCGGGUUAACCCUCCAUUUUCGUUGGUGCAAGUGGCCCUUAAGAAGUGAAUAACUGGGACACUCCUUGUAAUGUCGUGUUACGUUUCAUCGCCCUCUAUAUUACCACACGACGCAUAGUUUGGGAAAUGCUGCCCUAACUAGUUACUAACCUAAGGGCCACCUGCACCAACGAUAAUGGAGGGUUAAACCGAGGGAUAACCCUCCAUUUUAUAUGGAAUUUGGCAGACGACAGCGCACUAACCCUGAGUUAAGUCUUUGGUGCAAGUGGGCC